AAAUGCGUUUCAUGACUGUGAUUAAUUAGAAAAAAAGAAAACAAUUGUCAUUUAAUUUUUCUGUUUUACCAAACAUAAGUUUAUCAGGUGCAGUUUUAAGUUGUGGAAAUGACCACGAUAUAAAGUUAUUGGAAGCUGUCUUUUCUGCUACUUUAUAUUCUUGCAAGUAAAAAGAGUCCUUUUUGUGAAAUUAUUCGGUCUCGAAACUGUUCGUACUUAAAACCACAAAUGGAGGACUACAAGUAUUUAUUCAAGAUAGUUCUAGUAGGGGAAGCUGGUGUAGGAAAGACAUGUCUUGUGAGACGUUUCACUCAGGGUCUGUUUCCACCUGGUCAGGCAGCAACUAUUGGUGUUGAUUUUAUGAUUAAAACGGUGGAGAUUGAGGGUGAUAAAGUCAAGCUGCAGAUAUGGGAUACGGCGGGUCAGGAGAAGUUUCGAUCAAUCACCCAGAGUUACUACAGAGCUGCUCAUGGCCUCAUUCUGGUGUAUGAUGUCUGCUUACAGAACACAUUUGAUGCUCUUCCACAGUGGUUGACAGAUAUCGAAUCAUUUGCUAAUGAGAAAGUGCUCUCCUAUUUAGUUGGUAACAAGAUAGAUAGAGGAGAUGCCAGGGAGAUCCCUACACAUAUAGGUCAACAGUUUGCUGAUCGCUACGAAAUGAAAUUCAUAGAAACUUCUGCUAAAGAGGCAGACAAUGUAGAUAAACUCUUCCUGGAUAUUGCAAUGAAACUGACAGCCGACGCAAGAGAGAUGGGUAGACUGGCACCAGAUAGUUCACCAAUGAACAUUUCCAGUAAUACCAAAACCAUUAGUUCCUGUUCACAGUGCUUCAAGUUUUGAUGAAGGAGUUGUGUGAUAUUACAGUUAUGUGAAUGUUAUAAAAGCUGUAUCAUUGGUGUAUUUUUAGAGAUUGAUGGUUGAAAGGUCUAAUAUUUCAGACCAGUUACAGUAUGGUAGUUAUUGUGAGAUUAUUUUUGCACAACUGAAUGCCUGUAGUAUUGUCUUACCCCUGAGUAGGGAACUUUUUCCAUAAAGUUUAAACAUAGUCUAUCAGAAAAUUAAUGAUUUUCUGAGUUGUUGCAGUGAGUCAGGUGUGUGCAGACAGGAAAUUUCAUUUUAGAAGAUAUAUCAGAAAGAAUACAUUAAAAAUACUGUUAAAAUUUUGGGCAUAAACUUAAAUUUUGAGAUCAUAUUAGGUAUAUUACUGUUAAGCCAUUUUGGAGAAGGAUUUGAUAUCCAAUUUUUUACAUAAACUUACUUGUAUAGGAGAGAUCGCCGUUACGUCACGCAUUAACACCUGUUUAUCUGGUGGUGGGCAAAACCAAUGUUUUUACAUUUGUGUAUGGGAUUGGAAUUUUUAAUUUUUAAUAACUUUUUCGCUCAUUUAUGGAUUUUGAAAAUUCAAAAAGUUUUGAAAUGCUUACGAUUUUCAUAUUUUCUCAUUUAAAUAUCUUUUUAAAAUUAAUAAACAUUUUAAAUGACAUAUGAUUUUAAUAGCGGCGUAGCGAUGCACCAAGCUUUUAGAAAAAACACUGUUUUUAAAGUUAAGCGUUCAUAAUUAUUCCAUUUUAUUUCGAAAUAAUAAUUAAAAGUAAUCAGUAAAUUGCUUGUUUUAUAUCCUUUCAAUUGAUCAUAAAAAUAUUGAUGUCAGUUAUGUUUUAAGAAAGUUUAAGCCGUUAGAAAAACAGCACUGUUUACAGAAAAACAUCGGAGCUCGGCAUCUGCCCACCCAAUCAUUGCCUUAUCAGUUCUAAAAAUAGAAAAAUACAACGGAUUUGUAUACAAACACGAUCUCUCCUAUAGGAAUAAAAACUUUCUAAGAUACAGAUAAAUAUGUAUACAGGGUACUUUCACUUUCAUAUACUAACAGAAAGAGUCAUAUAGUAAUAUACAUGCAAUAAUACAUUGCUUUUCAAGACUUUCCAUGCUUAAAUAAUUUCUUAAGAAAUAAUGUCUAUUUUCAAUCUUUCAAAUAUUGACACAAUAUACAGAUUUUUUUGUAGAUGAUAACCUCUGUGAUAUUUUUCAUCAGACUUAUUAAUCCCCCGCCGUGGCGGAGGGAUUAUAGGAAUGGUCUGCGUCUGUCCUUCCGUCCGUCUUUCCGUCCGUCCUUCCGUCCGUAAUAAAAUCGUGUCCGGUCCAUAUCUCCUAAACCCCUUGAAGGAUUUUCAUGAAACUUGGGUCAAAUGAUCACCUCAUCAAGACGAUGUGCAGAACCCAUGAGUCAGCCUUGUUGGUUCAAGGUCAAGGUCACAACUCAAGGUCAAAGGUUUGAGCUUUCCAUUUUGUGUCCGCUCUAUAUCUUCUAAACCCCUUGAAGGAAUUUUAUAAAACUUGGGUCAAAUGAUCACCUCAUCAAGACGAUGUGCAGAACCCAUGAGUCAGCCAUGCUGGCUCAAGGUCAAGGUCACAACUCAAGGUCAAAGGUUUGAGCCUUCCAUUUUUUGUCUGCUCUAUAUCUCUUAAACCCCUUGAAGGAAUUUUAUAAAACUUGGGUCAAAUGAUCACCUAAUCAAGACGAUGUGCAGAACCCAUGAUUCAGUCAUGCCGGCUCGAGGUCAAGGUCACAACUU